AGAGACUUGACCCCGGAAGUACUUGAUUUGAUUGCCGUCGCGCACUGUGAGGGAGAAACGCUUGUGGGCAGCGCCAAACCUCAAAUUCACCUUAAAAAUAUUAAAACAUCUUUUAUAUCAUCGAAACACAUCAGCAGAAUGAGUGGUGGACCUGAUGCCAACAAGGAGUUUAUGGAGCAGCUGCGUAUGCAGGAGCUUUACGACCAAAGACACGUAGACGGCUCCGACCCUUACACCUACACCGACCCAGAGGAUGGGACCGUGUACGACUGGGACCACGAAAAGAAGGCCUGGUUCCCUAAAAUAACAGAGGACUUCAUCGCUGCCUACCAGGCCAACUAUGGCUUCACUAAGGAAGGAGAGCCAGACGCAAAUAGCGCUGCAGCGAGUGGCACUCCCCCAGCAGCACCAGAAAAAGACAACAAGCCUUCAAAAAAGGAGAAACCAGGAACACAGAACCUGAAUCCAGACCAGACUGAGACCUCAGCUAAAGAUCCCAAACAGAAAGGGGAGAAGAGGAAACCAGAGCCAGGAUGGUUCGACAUCGAUGACAACAGGAACACAAACGUCUACGUGUCAGGUCUGCCUCCUGACAUCAGCACUGAGGAGUUUGUCGAGUUGAUGUCCAAGGGCGGCAUCGUGAUGCGGGACCCGGUCACCGAAGAGUACAAAGUCAAACUCUACAAGGACAGAGAAGGGAAUCUGAAGGGGGACGGCCUCUGCUGCUAUCUGAAGAAAGAGUCGGUGGAGUUGGCUUUGCGUCUGAUCGACGAGUCAGAGGUCAGAGGUUACAGACUUCACGUGGAGGCAGCGCGGUUUGAGCUGAAGGGCCAGUACGACGCCAGCAAGAAGAAGAAGAAGAGCAAAGAAUACAGGAAGAAGAUGACUCAGCAACAGAAACAGUUGGACUGGAGGCCGGAGAAAAAGGGAGAACUGAGGAAGAGGCACGAAAAAGUAGUCAUCAUUAGAAACAUGUUCCAUCCAAGUGACUUUGAGGAAGACCCGCUCGUGUUGAACGAGUACCGAGACGACCUGCGAUCAGAAUGUGAGAAGUUUGGAGAGGUGAAGAAGGUGAUCCUCUUCGAUAGACACCCAGACGGCGUGGCAUCCGUUGCGUUUAAGGAGCCUGAGCAGGCAGAUGCAUGCAUUCUGUCAUUCAACAACCGCUGGUUUGGAGGGCGGCAGCUGUCGGCUCAGCUUUGGGAUGGACAGACGGACUACCAGGUUGAAGAGACUUCACGAGAGCGGGAUGAGCGGCUGAAGGGUUGGUCUUCUUUCCUCGACAGCAGCAACAAAGAGCAGCAGGACAACAGCACUAAGCCAGCAGAGGGCAGCACCAAGCCAGCAGAGGGUAGCACCAAGCCAGCAGAGGGUAGCACCAAGCCAGCAGAGGGCAGCACCAAGCCAGCAGAGGGCAGCACCAAGCCAGCAGAGGGCAGCACCAAGCCAGCAGAGGGCAGCACCCCAACCCUUACCACCACCCCAACCACAGAACCCACAGAGCCGCCCAGCACCACAGAGCCUAAACAGCCCCCAGAAAAAAAGCCCAAGACGCUACAGGAAGAGGAGGCAGACUCGACGGACAGCAGCAUGGCGGGGAGUGAUGAUGAGGAGACUUAGACUUUAAAGUGCACGUCUUUGGUCCAAACAGCAAACAAAGAGGACGGCUCUGCUCUGAGGUGAACUGUGGCAGAGUGACAGCAGGAGGACGGGCUGAGCUGUUUUGUAAAGUAGAAAAUAAAUAAUGAUUUUGUGUACCUUA